AUGAAUAGCAUGACUCUGGCGCUUUUGUACAACUGCAGCGCUUGGGUCUUGGAACGCAACGUCACGCUGUUACUCAGGCUAAAUUACAGCGAAUUCUUUAGUGUUCUUGAGGAGGCACUGGACAGCUCGAGCCGACCGGACUUCCUCCGUGACCGGAUCACUGACUGCGUGUUCGCGAAUCAAGAGCGGCCGUUUGACUUGCCGUGGUGGCAGAAACUCUUCUGGUCGUUGAUAUACGCGGUGAUAGUGCUAGUCGCGAUCGGCGGCAACGGCAUCGUCAUGUGGAUCGUACUCGCUCACAGGCGAAUGCGCACCGUCACUAAUUACUUCUUGGUGAAUCUCUCCUUGGCGGACCUUAUGAUGUCAUCGCUCAACUGCGGCUUCAACUUUAUCUUUCUCGUCAACUCUGAUUGGCCCUUCGGAGUGGUGUAUUGCACCAUCAACAACUUCGUGGCACACGUGACCGUCGCCUCCAGCGUUUUUACCCUCGUCGUAAUUUCAUUUGACAGGUCAGUUUCUUUUUUAUGGAGAAACUUUGCCAUAC